CGGAGCCGCCCGGGCCCCGCGCCGCGAGAGCGCGGGAGAGGCAGGCCGGCAGCGAGCGGCAUCGCUUCCCGCACGCCGUCGCCGCCCCCGGGACGCCGCUCCGUGAGGAACAACCGGCCGCGAGUCGGCAGGGGAGCAGCGCCCGCCCCUCCCUACAUCCGCCCCGUCCUGCGAGGCGGGACGUGACCGCUCCCUGUACCCCCGUUCCCGAGCUGCACCGCCGCCCGUCCCGAGGAGGGAGCCCGGCACUUGUUGCCGCGAUGGUGCCCGGCCCGGCCGAGUAGGAGCGCGGAGCCCCCCGGGGAGAGGAGCGCAGAGCAGCGGGCACCGAGCCGGCCCCGCCGGGCACCGCGGGGUGUUGUCUGCCCGCCGCACCCGGCGGUGACGGCGCUUCCCGAGCGGCUCCAGGACUCGGGUCUGGGCGCGGAGGUCGCUCCCGGCAGCGCCGCCCGGCCCGGGGGUCCCGGCGGGACCAGGGGGCAGCGCCGCCAGCUCCAUUCCCCGGCCCGAGCCAAAAUGUCCUUCUUCAACUUUCGCAAGAUCUUCAAGCUGGGCGGCGAGAAGAAGAAGAAGCAAUACGAGCACGUCAAGAGGGAUUUGAACCCUGAGGAGUUCUGGGAAAUCAUCGGGGAGCUGGGAGAUGGUGCUUUCGGUAAAGUGUUCAAGGCUCAGAACAAAGAAACGAAAGUUCUGGCUGCUGCAAAAGUGAUAGAUACUAAAUCAGAAGAAGAACUUGAAGAUUACAUGGUGGAGAUUGAUAUUUUAGCAUCCUGUGAUCAUGCUAAUAUUGUCAAGCUGCUAGAUGCUUUCUACUAUGAAAACAAUCUGUGGAUCCUGAUCGAAUUUUGUGCAGGAGGAGCUGUAGAUGCAGUCAUGUUGGAGCUUGAAAGGCCAUUAACAGAGCCACAGAUCAAAGUGGUGUGCAGGCAGACACUGGAAGCACUGAACUACUUGCAUGAAAAUAAGAUCAUCCACAGAGAUCUAAAGGCUGGCAAUAUUCUUUUCACAUUAGAUGGAGACAUUAAACUAGCGGAUUUUGGAGUAUCAGCUAAAAACACAAGAACAAUACAAAGAAGAGACUCUUUUAUUGGUACACCGUAUUGGAUGGCCCCAGAAGUAGUAAUGUGUGAGACCUCUAAAGACAGGCCUUAUGAUUACAAGGCUGACAUUUGGUCUCUCGGCAUUACUUUAAUAGAAAUGGCUCAAAUAGAGCCACCUCAUCAUGAAUUAAAUCCCAUGCGAGUGCUUCUGAAAAUUGCAAAAUCUGAUCCUCCCACCUUAGCACAGCCUUCAAAAUGGUCAUCAGAUUUUAAAGAUUUUCUGAAGAAAUGUUUGGAAAAGAAUGUAGAUGCAAGGUGGAGUGCAACUCAACUGUUACAGCAUCCAUUUGUUACUGUUACUUCCAAUAAACCGAUAAGAGAAUUGAUUGCAGAAGCUAAGGCUGAAGUUACAGAAGAAGUUGAAGAUGGUAAAGAUGAGGAUGAAGAAGAGGAAACAGAGAAUUCUCUGCAGUUACCUGCAGAGAAGCGUGCAUCCUCCGACCUUAGCAUUGCCAGCUCUGAGGAGGAUAAACUUUCACAGAAUGCCUCUGUCCUGGAAUCUCUCUCAGAGAAAACAGGAAGUAACGCAAUUGAGGACAAAACAGCUGGGGAUGAAUCUGAGGACAUUAAAUUUAGGAAAGCGGGUGAUAAGAUAUGCGAUACGACCAUUAACGAUAUUAAAGUACAAAACGGUUCUGUGCCAAUUGGUGAAGUUGAGCAAGGCAAAAUAAUGCCAGCAGGAAAGGACACAGAAAGCCUGGAAAAACCACGUAAGGAUACAGAACCCCAGAAAAUAGGGAAAGAACUUGAAGUGGUAACAAAACCAGAAAUAAAGAAUGAACCUGAAAUAGAGAAAGAAAAUUCCAUGGCAAAUGAACAGACAGAAGAUAAUAAACUGAAAGUAGUACCCACAACUGAAAACAGUGUAGAAACUGAGGAAGGCAUUUCCAAGGAAACUGGUGAAAAAGAAGAGGAGAACAGAACAGAUCUCUUGGGACUUAAGGAAGAAAAGGUCCCUGUAGAAAAUAGAGAUACAGAGCAAAAGGAAAAUAAAGAUGAAGAGCGGAAAGAGGCAACAAUAGAUACCACUACAGAAACUCUACCUAAUGCUACAGUUAAAGUGUCUGAUGAAGAAAAGGAAAUAAUAAAGCAUGGAAUUGACAACAUUAAGGAGAUAGGUGGUAUUGCUGAAACACCGAUCAGUGAUGGGCAUAAAAUACCUGAGCUGGAGGAUAAGCCAGUGGAAAGUCAGGCUAAGCAGGUCCAUGAGAUAAUCAGCUCUGAAGAAACUCUAUCAGAAAGCCAAGAUAAAGUGAUCAAAGUAGACAAGAAAUUGGCAGAAAGUGAAAAUGAGGGUAUUAGUAAUAUAAGCACUACGGAGGAAACAAAGAUCAAAGACUCUGGAAAAGAUGUCGUAGACCAGAAGGCAACACAGAGCAAGCCUGAGGAUAUUUCUAAAGUGGUGGAUAAAGUGACUGAUAUGGACCAGAAUUCAGGAGAGCGCAGAGCUGAGAAUAUCCAGGAAAACAACAUUCAGACAGCCAAAGAACUUUUGGAAGUUACUUCUGAUGAAGUAAUGAAGGAUAAACUUCAAAAUGCUGUCAGUGAACAAGCUGAUGACUCUGAAGUCACUCCAGUCCCCAGUAUUAGUAUUAGCACUGAAGAAAAUGAGAAAGUCAAAACGGAUAAUCAAGGCAAUACUGAAACUUCCCAGCAGGUAGAGCCGGAGAAUUUGAAGGAAAAUGAUGCUGAUUCAGGCACUGGUUCUACAGCUGAUAACAGCAGCAUUGAUUUGAACUUGUCAAUUUCUAGUUUCCUUAGUAAGAACAAAGAGACAGGAUCAAUAUCUUUACAGGAAACUAGAAGACAGAAGAAAACGUUAAAGAAAACUCGGAAGUUUGUCGUUGAUGGAGUAGAAGUGAGUGUAACCACAUCAAAAAUAGUUACUGAAAAUGACUCAAAAAGUGAAGAAAUGCGAUUCCUACGACGUCAAGAGCUAAGAGAGCUAAGACUUCUUCAGAAAGAGGAGCAGAGAGCCCAACAGCAACUCAGUAACAAGCUUUUGCAACAGCGAGAACAGAUGUUCAGGCGUUUUGAACAGGAAAUGACAGGCAAAAAGCGGCAGUAUGAUCAAGAAAUAGAAAACCUGGAGAAGCAGCAGAAGCAGACGAUAGAGCGCCUGGAACAGGAGCACACGAACCGCUUGCGGGAUGAGGCCAAACGCAUCAAAGCAGAACAGGAGAAGGAAUUGUCCAAAUUCCAGAACGUGCUGAAAAACAAGAAAAAAGAGGAGCAGGAGUUUGUGCAGAAGCAGCAACAAGAACUGGAUGCAUCUCUGAAGAAAAUUAUUCAGCAGCAGAAGACAGAACUGGCCACUAUUGAACGAGAUUGCCUCAACAACAAACAGCAGCUCAUGAGAGCUCGGGAAGCUGCAAUCUGGGAGCUGGAGGAGCGGCAUCUGCAAGAGAAACACCAGCUCCUCAAACAGCAGCUCAAAGAUCAGUACUUCAUGCAGAGACACCAGCUGCUCAAGAGGCACGAAAAGGAAACAGAACAAAUGCAGAGAUACAAUCAGCGCCUUAUUGAGGAGUUAAAGAACAAGCAAACUCAGGAAAGAGCCAGACUGCCCAAAAUCCAGCGAAGUGAAGCAAAGACUCGCAUGGCGAUGUUUAAGAAAAGUUUAAGAAUCAAUUCGUUAGCCUCUCCAGACCAAGAUCGUGAAAAAAUUAAGCAGUUUGCUGUUCAAGAAGAAAAGAGGCAGAAGAAUGAGAGACUGGCUCAGCAUCAGAAACACGAAAACCAAAUGCGGGACCUUCAGCUGCAGUGUGAAGCAAACAUCAGGGAACUGCAUCAGUUACAGAAUGAAAAAUGCCAUCUACUGGUUGAGCAUGAGACUCAGAAACUAAAGGAGCUGGAUGAAGAGCACAGCCAAGAACUGAAGGAAUGGAGAGAGAAACUGAGACCGAGAAAGAAGACGCUGGAAGAAGAAUUUGCCAGAAAACUGCAGGAACAGGAAGUUUUCUUUAAAAUGACUGGAGAAUCCGAAUGCCUUAAUCCUUCAACACAAAGCCGGAUUUCCAAAUUCUAUCCAAUCCCCAGCCUUCACUCUACUGGCUCGUAACUCUGGGAACUGCUGUAGGUUUUAUCCUGUCUGGAAUUCUCCAUCCCUACCCAUCUAACCUGACUGACCUGUGGCGUGCUUACAUCGGAGGACCCCGCGCGUUUGUUUUCAGUGGAGACAAUCAGUGUCACAUCAGUUCCUUCACUUCUCUGAGCGGAAGAAACGAACCCAGUGUUGGUGUACAAUGGUAAUGUUACGUCCUUCAGAUGUUUCAAGACUAAGUGGGCGUUUUAUCUCGGUCUCUAAAAGUGUGUUACCAACGGUUUUGACUUUAAGCCUGAAAUAUUAGUUGUGCUCUUCCUCAUCACAAAAAAAAAUGGUUUCUCAUGUGAACAUUUAAACCAGGUAAUAUUAGUUCUGCUAUUGUGUUUUUAAGCAUCAGAUCUCUCCACGAGAGAAUUCCCCAAUUGAAAAUGCCAUGAGAGGUUUAAAGUUUCAUAAUGUUGAGCAGUGUCUUCAUGGCAAGGACUGAAACUAAUUGCUAAGAACAUGCCAGUAAUCAGAGAAACAAACCCUUCUGUUUAAACACGUUUGGCAAAAGCAAAAUGUAAUUUCUUUCAAAAGAAACCUCUGGCAUAAAUUAAACUGAGCUGAUCUCCAUGACACGUUUUGUCCAUUAGUUCCAUAAUGAAAUGGGGUGCUAGUUUAAUUAAUACAGUGCCUGAAACACUUAGAUAUGCUGAUCCUGGUAACAGGAUACUGUUUUGUCACUUAAAAAAAACAAAACUCCUUAGCGUUGUUGUUACUGUACAAAACAAGAUUUCUUGCUGCUACUGCCAUUUUGGUUGUAAAUCCUCACCCUAAAAUAUUUUGCACUAAAAUAUGUAAAGGUGAAAGAAAUGCUAACUUUAAAAUGCACAGUUUGUUAUUUUCCUUUGCUAUUACAGGUGGUUAGUUCUACAAAUUGAAAAACUGUAGAAUGUAUUUUUUAGAAAGCAGGGUGCAAAAUGCACGUGGUUUCUCAAACUGUACCUGGAAUGGGUAGAGCCAUUGUUCUGUUCUUACCAAAGCCUGUUCAUUUAAACUCCAUUGGAAAAGUGGAGGCAGAUGGUCAUAUUUAUAAAUAAUCAUGGCUAAAGUCUGAUUUCAUUAGAAGUGUUAGAUUCAAUUUUUUUUUUUUUUUUUAGUCAUUUUAUUUUGUGGAAAGAUUUAAGUUAAAUAUAUAGACAAACUCCUUUAUGAAGCUGGGUGUUUUGCUUUUGUGUUGCCACCUACUAACAUAAGCAGGUUUUAUUUUUCAAGUUCAUAGAUGUACAAUAAGUUAUUUACCUGACUGAUCUGCAGUGGAAAAUCUGAAACGUUUCUCAUGUAGCGGGUAGGGAAAUACAGCUGCGUUAGGUCAAUUAUUGCUGCACUCCUUUUGGGGGUUGGAGGUUGAGUCAUAUCCAGACACAGUGUUAAGGGCUGUACUUGGGUAUGCUGGAGUUCUGUUUGUAAAAUAGCGUUUGCUUUCUGUUGUUUGAGGCCUGACUUUCUCAGGUCUCUUCGGGCACCAACUGCGACCGUUUUGUUUUGCUCUCUUGCGCUGAACGUGCGGCCGUGACCAUUGGCGACGUUCAUUUCAGGGGAGCUGUGUUGCUGCAUGUCAAUGAGCUCAUAAAUUAACAUGGGACUUAUAAUCAGCUGUGGUCGAAAUCUGGGACACUGAAAUCCUUGGACGUUGAAGCGAUACCUUCUCAAUGAAGACACUUAAUUUACAGCACAGAAAUUAAUUGGAAAAUGCAUGUUUAAUUUAAAUUUUGUAACUUUUUGAUAGCAUAAUUACUUUAAUAGCUAGCCUUAAUUUCUGGCAUUUUAUUAUUAUAAAUGUGUAUUGUGUACUGUUGUAAAUUCACACACCAUAUCUCUAGAAUGUUCUCUGUUGCUAAAUGCAAAGUUCUUUGAAUUGUUUGUUCAUUAGGGAGAAAAAGGUCUUUGAAGAUCCUUUGCUUUUUAAGCUCCACCUUCAUAAAUUGACUGUUACUGAGAUAAAAUUAAAUAAUCUUCCUUUCUAUUUAACAGAAUUUGUUUGCAUUUCGUAUGACGUAGGCUCAGUGCUUUACUCAGGGAGCAGGCAGGGCAGGCAGAUUUUCCUCAGAGAGAAAUCACAGAAUGUUUAGGGGUUGGAAUGGACCCUAAAGAUCAUCUAGCCCCAACCCCCCACCUCCACUAGACCAGGUUGCUCAAGGCCAGCCUGGCCUUGAACACUUCCAGGGUUGGGGCAUCCACAACCUCUCUGGGCAAUCUGUUCCAGGGCCUCAUCACCCUCACAGUACAAAAUUUCUUCCUGAUAUCUAUCCUAAAUUCCCCCUCUUUCAAUUUGUACCCCAUGCUCCUUGUCCUAUCACUACACUACGUUAAUAAUCUUUUCCUUACAUUUUUGGUAGUUUCAGUGAUCACUUGCUGAUGUAUAUUGGCAUUCUGUUUACCUCUGUCUAAAUCUCUUACAUCUUUUAUUUGAAGAUCCUUUUCACACAGGCCCCUGCAAUCUGAUCUCAUUGUAAAUUGCACAAAUAACUGUAACUGAGCUGUGUGAUGAAGGGAGAGAUCGGAUGUGGUGAUGGAAGCCUUGCCCAUCUCUUCAGGUGGGGAGCACUGUGGAGCAGUUGCAGCCUUGUGAACCAUGCUGAGAAUUGAUAUCAAGCAUGAAAAUAUGUUUUGUGUGUGUUAAGAGGAACUAGCAUGGGUACUUACACACUUAGACUGAUAAAAUUGGAUUUAAGUGUUGCAGAACAUGAAAGAGGUGUUACAGUAUUAUAUCAGUGUUGGAAAAUUCAAUUCAAAUUAAUUUAGUCUCAUGUAGGCCCAAAAGAGAUCUCGUGAGAUACAAAAUCCAAUCUCUUUACUGUCUCAUGUCACCUUCCUUUAAUGAAUGUUAGCAGCUCCAUCUCCAGGGUAGUUAGAUGUGUUUUCCACAGGCAAAACAAUGUGCUUUCUUACUGACUGUUUGGCAGAUCUCAUUGUCCCCACGUGCUCUUGCAAAGCUGAGCAGAAAUCGGUAUUUUCUCACCUUUGUGUUUUACUACAUCAUAAAUACUGUCCACAGGGAAAGGAGCAAAGGCAAUAAGUGCCUGGAUUGCAGUCAGUGAGUGUAUGGGUUGUUCUCCUGUAUUUACAGCUGAUCCUCACAGAAAACCUGCCUGCAGGCCCCUGGCCUCUGACAGGGUCAGACUUCACAUGUGCUUCCUGAGCUCUGAAAGCAGAUUUGGGCACCUGCUAAGUCAGCUUUUAUGGGAAAGGGCCUUGUAAGGACAGAGCCCCUGGCUCUGCUCACAUCCCGAGUUCCGAACUCAGCCGUGUGCAGGCUCCCCAGUCCUCCACUAAUGCAGUGCUGCCGGCAGCCCAGGGAGCUCUCUGGGGGCUCCUGUGCCCCAGAUUUUGGGAGACUCCACAUCCCUCCUGAGUGGGGCUGGCUGAGGAGGGGUUACCAGUCCCGGGGGCAAUGACCUGGUUCAGGCCUUGGCCUCCCAGAGUCCCAAGGGAGCUUUGCUGUUUAUUUUGGUGAGGGAGAAAUACUCGAACAUGUGAUCCUCUCUGAUUCCCAUAAAACAAAUUUUCCUCCUCCAAGCGCUCUGCUGUCUCUGCUGAAUGCACAAGCGGGUAUGGUAUGUAAAGAUAGGAUCUUGAGGUUGUUAGGAUUGUUUAGAUGGAUCCUGAUUUAUAAACACCUUCUGAAGGAAAACCUUUAUUUGAAUUGACACCUGAAUUCCAAUUCCGAGGUGCCAGGGCUACUGUCCUGACUGGUGACAUUCACUCGUGGUGAUUCUUCACAUCAGUUAAAACACUGUUAAAAUACAGGUUAAAUUCCAGUUGAGCUGCAUCCUUUUUUCCAGAUAAUCUUUUCAGCUCAUACUCUUUUAAAAUUACAUUAAUGGGUGUUCAAUAUCUAAUCAAUCACCCAGUUAAAAGAAUUAUUCUUCUGUCCCAGAGGACUUUAUGAUAACUCCAUGCUACUGAAUUGUUUCUCUUAGUAAAUAAGAAGUGUAGCACCUUAACUAAGAUGCAGCCAAGCAAAGCAGCAGUGAAAUUUCUUUCCUCACACCAUGUCUUUUGUGACAGCAAAAUCACACAGGAAGUUGAAACAGUAUCUGUCCUGCAAGUAUUUCAAAGAUGCUUUGGUAUAGGAAAGAUUUGAAUAAGGCGUUUCAAAUUCAGGCACUUAAGUCCACUUUUAAGGCAGCCUGAUUUUCAGAGCUGCUGUGCAGCUGCAGCUCCCAGGACCUCAAACACUCAUCUUGCUGGAAACUGAAAUGUGCAAAUAAAUAAGCUCAGUGCUAGCUCCUUCCACUGAACUCCUGUUUCUUGGCUCAUCUGGGGAAAUGGGGCAAGUUUUUGAGGACAGUGACUCUGGUUGCUGGGGAAGGGAAGGGAGGAAGGUUUUAGGACAGUCACUGUGUAGAUAAGUUCUCUGCCUUCUAUGUUAACAUUUCCAUUCUUGUCAUUUUAUGUCAAAACCUGUACUUCUGGAUCUCUGAAACUUCCUUGCACUGAUGUGUCCGUGCACAUUUCCCAUUCUCAGACUAUUUUUGCCAUCUUCACAGCAGUUGAAAUAAGGUCAGAGAGAAUUAACCUUCCUUGUUCACAGGCAAGCCAAGGCCAGGAUGUCCUGUUGUUUCUCAGUCUUACAAAAGAUGAGAACAGAUAAAGGGGAGAAGACAAAAGGAAACCACAGUGUUUCUCUUUUACAGAACUUUUAGUUGUUUUCUACCCCCUCUCUCCCUCCUUAAUUCUUGUGUUCAUUUCUGUAGCCCCUUUGCACAUCUGGCGUUGGGGCAGUCAGUGAUGCCAGAGAAGAACAACCCCUUGAAUACAAACAUGCUCUAACCUGACUCCUCACUAAGGGCUCAUUUGCUUCCCUUGUACUGAAAGCAGAAGGGAGUGGCCGAGCCCAAAGUCGCCCUGAUUUUCCAAAAUCUCUUCCAAUUACCAAACUAAGUGGUAAGGCUUCUUUUACAGUAUCAGUCCUAAAGUGGUGGAAAGAACAGAAAGUAGAAAGGGACACGGAGUGAAAUCUAACAUUGAGCUGUCACCCCCAUGUUCUGUCAGCAAGCAGAGCGGGAGCUCUGUCACAGUCCUGUGACAAAGCACGUGCGACGGAGGCAGCGCCGGCCUCGUGUUCUCCCAGCAGUUCGUUGAAUGUUUUGUGUUAACUGCAAAACAAGUUACUCUUGCCUUACAGAAAGCAACCAAAAAUCAUGAGAUGGAUGAGUAAUUGGCUAAGGGUUUCUGUACAGCUCGUGGAAGUGAACUUGCAGUAGCAGCCAUACAACAGUUUUGGUUUGGGUUUUUUUUGGUCUUGUUUCUAAAAGUAAUUGAUUUCAUGGCUUUCUGUAGAAUAUUGUAAUAAUUCUGCUGUAAAUACAAUAAAAAUCACAGUUUGCUGA